AGAAUCUCAGGGUGACCAUUCUGGACACUUGGAAGAAGCUAUCAUGCAGCGAACGAUACUGUUUUUCGUUUUCACCCUCGCGGUGCUACAAAGCUAUGAAUGUGUUCAAGUACAAAUGCAGGAGACAGGGGCUUUCGAGGAUGACACGAAUACACAAGAUCUUGAAUCACAGGUGACAGAACUGCGUCGCAACGUGUCAGACCUCUGGAGCUACCUCAAUGAUCUGAGGUCAGCCCUAUCUCAACAUCUGACGCAUUUGAGGCAGCACCAGGUUCAAUUGGAGACUGACGUCCACGAGCUUCAACAUCAUUCCCAUGGAGAAGGAGGGGAGGCUCAUACCUCUCACUCAGAUGACCAUCAUCACUCUGGUGAGUAUUCACACAGUGGUGAGCAGCACUCUCAUGGUAGUGACGAUCACCAUUCACAUGGCAGCGACGAUCAUCACUCGCAUGGUAGCGACGAUCACCACUCACAUGGCAGCUACGAUCACCCUUCACAUCGCAGCGACGAUCACCAUUCACAUGGCAGCGACGACCAUCACUCGCACGGCAGCGACGAUCAUCAUCACAGUAGUGAACAUAGUCACGACGAUGACCACAGUUCGCACUCUUCUUCGCACUCGCACUCGACCAAUGACUACAGCGAUCACCAUCAUAGUGGCGAGCAUCACUCUCACAGCGAUGGAGGUGAUCAACACCAGGAUCAUAAGGAUUCCCAUGAAACAGAAGACUUAUCCCAGCAGACUCAACAAGCGGUUGAUCCCGUUUUGGAGCCAGUAGUUUUGCCAACAACUCGGCCAGUAAAUUCCCAUCAUCACCAUCAUCACCACUCUCAUUCGCAUGUAGAAACUUCCACAGCUGACCGCUUCAACCUCGUAGAUAUGCAUCCGGAAAGCAGACAUCAAGGUCAUGGUCACUCGCUCUCUGAUUCUGUCUCAACUUCGUCAAGAAACAGAAAUGUAACAGUGACUUUGCCAAAAUAUUCUGAAUACAGUUUGUACAAUAUCGCUGUAUGCAAAGUACAACCUAACAGAGCCAUUCCUGAAGAUAAGCAACAAAAUGUGCAGGGACAAGUAUCCCUGUGGCAAAAAAAAACGGGUGGCCCACUCAAUAUUCAUGUCCGUCUCCAAGGAUUCGAAGUGGGUAACCAUCAUGGAUCGCACGACCAACAUCAGCAGCAAGAGCAACAAGAAGAUAACGAAACCCCAGCCGCUGGCCACAGACAUGGCUUCCAUGUCCAUUCUGCAGGAGACUUGAGCAAUGGGUGCCAAUCAACGGGUCCGCACUACAACCCGAAAGUAGUUAACCACGCUGGACCCCAGGACUUGAACAGGCAUGUUGGAGACUUGGGAAACAUUGAAUGUGACGAGCAUGGUGUAACGAACAUUCUCUUCAGUGAUGAAGUUGCUUCACUUCGUGGUCCGUAUUCAAUUAUCGGAAAAUCACUCGUGAUUCAUGAAAACACAGACGAUCUUGGUCAGGGCGGAGACGCUGAGAGUCUGAAGACUGGCAACGCAGGAACCAGGAUUGCUUGUUGUGUGAUCGAACGAGUCGAAAAGCUCUCCAUUCGAACCUACAGGGUAAUAAAGACUGCCUCACAGUACAAAAACAACUAAAUGCUAAUUCAUUGCGAUUCUUGAUCUUGUACUUUACCAUAUUUCAUAUUGAUUAUUUGUACUCUACUGUGUGUACUUUGAGCUUUUUAAUAAAACUUUUUAAGCGUCUGCCUGGGCGAAACUUUUGGAAAA